GGACAUAAGCCAACCAACUCAUAUCGUGUAAGACUAUCCUACACACAUUUACAAAGGGGGAUUCCAAGUGUUGUUUAUGAGCACCUCCUUCCUUCAGUUGGUUGUCUAGUUGAUGCACUAAAACCGGAAGAAAAGAAGAACCUCAACUGAUUCCUUCACAGCCGUCUGCCCAAAUCUCAAAACAAAACCCUAGCUCGUUGGGUAACAGUCUCACGAGUGAAGCCUCAAUCUCUCAUUACGAAAUGGUAAAACCCUUAAACCCCAAGUCUCUUUUUCAUAUCAGAAAAUACCCCCCUUUAUUGGGUUCUCUCAAAUUUUCAUCAAAAUCCAAUCUUUAUGCUAACUCUACAUACCCUAAUUUAGUCAGUAAUGUUUCAAGAAUCUUAUCUGAUCCUCAUUGGUAUAAAAACAAAGAACUUAAGCAUGUUAGUCACAAAAUCCAGCAUACCCAUGUUGCCAGAAUUGUUACCUCCCAUAAAAACAUAGAUGUAGUUAUUCGCUUCUUUUAUUGGAUAUCAAAAACUGAUUGUUACAAGCAUGAUUUGAAUUGUUAUAAGCUGAUGUUAAGUAGGUUAGUUAGCGAAGGCCGGUUUAGCGAUACGGAUCACAUUACUGUUUUGAUGGUGAAACAGUGUGGGAAUGAGGAUGAGGUUUUAGGGGUUGUUGAGUAUUUAAACGGGCUUAGACGUAAAGGGCUUGGUUACAGUUUGUAUAGCUCUAACACGUUGUUGAUUCGAAUGGGGAAGUUUGAAAUGAUUGAGGCUGCGCGGGAUUUGUUUAUGCAGAUGGUAAGUUAUGGGGUUAAACCGAAUUUGUUAACGUUUAAUACCGUGAUUAACAUGUUGUGUAAAAAGGGGAAGGUUCAAGAGGCGAAAACGUUUCUUGAUCAGAUGGGUGAAUAUGAUUUGUGUCCGGAUGUUUUCACUUUCAGUUCUAUGAUUCUUGGGUAUUGUCGGAAUAGAGAUUUAGAAUCUGCUUUUAACGUGUUUGACCGGAUGGUGAAGGAAGGGUGCGAUCCGAAUGCAGCGACAUACACUAAUCUUAUAAACGGGUUAUGCAGCGUGGGUCGGGUUGAUGAGGGGUUGGACAUGCUCAAGGAAAUGAUGGACAAAAACAUUGAGCCGACUGUUUAUACGUUCACGGUCCCAAUCUCUUCGUUAUGCGCAAGUGGGCUCGUGAAAAAGGCUAUUGAUCUUGUAAUUAUUAUGAGGACAAUGAGUUGUUCGCCAAAUGUGCAGAUCUAUACGGCUCUUAUAAGCGGGCUUUUCUGUGCCAGACAAGCCCGAUUAGCAAUUGGAUUUUACCAUAAGAUGUUAAAAGAUGGUUUGAUUCCGAACACGGUUACUUAUAAUGCUUUGAUAUAUGGGUUAGGCGAGAUAGGGCGGUUUGAUGCUGCUUUUAUGAUUUUUUAUUGGAUGGAGGAGCAACAUGGUAAUUUGUCAAAUGUUGUAACAUACAAUGAAAUCAUUAGAAUCUUGUGCUUGAUGAAAAACUUUCAGAAGGGUAUGGUUCUUUUGAGUAAAAUGACGAAAGUAGGCCCUUUGCCAACGGUUGUUUCGUAUAAUAUCUUAAUUAUCGGAUUCCUUAAACAAAGGGAUGUAAAUAACGCAGUACGAUUAUUAAGCUUGAUGAAGGCAAAUGGAUGCAAACCGGAUGAGUGGACUUACGCUGAACUUAUUUCAGGGUUAUGUCAAACGGGUGAUCUUGAUGGAGCGUUGACUUUUUUCCGUGAAAUGGUUGACCAAGGAUUGACACCUAAUAAGGUUCAUUUUACUAGUUUAAUAGAUGGUCAUUGCAAAAAGGGGGAGGUAGAAGCCGCACUUUUGUUAUUGGAAAAAAUGGAAACGCAUAAUUGCAGGCCUGAGACUGAAACUUACAAUGCAAUCAUAUCUUGUUUAUCGAAACAGAAUCAGUUGAGUGAAGCGCAGAAGGUAUGCGAGGAAAUGGUAGAGAAAAACGUGUCUCCGAACGUGAUUACUUACACAUCUUUAAUUGACGGGCUUUGUCGAAAUGGCAACGUUGAUUUUGCAUUCAAGAUUUUUAAUGAAAUGGAGAAAAAGAAUUGCCUGCCGAAUUUAUUAACUUAUAGUUCGUUAAUUUACGGGUUGUGUUUGGAGGGUAGGGUAGAUGAAGCAGAAAUAUUACUUAAAGAAAUGGAAAAUAAUGGAAUCGUUCCCGAUCAUGUGACAUAUACUUCAUUGAUUAAUGGAUAUAUUUCACUAUAUCAAGUGGAUCACGCAUUUUCACUUCUUCAAAGUAUGAUCAAAAGGGGAUGCAAACCCAAUUACCGAACUUUUUGUAUCUUGAAGAAAGGUUUAGAAAAUGAAAGCCGGACACAUUGCAGAUCAGAUGAGAAAGGGUUGACUUUCGCUGAUCUUUUCGUUAAAAUGUCGGAACACGGUUGUAAACCGACGGUUGACACUUACAGUGAAAUAAUUGUUGGUUUGUGUAAAGAAGGAAAGAGUAGCGAGGCAGUUGAAUUGUUCAACAACAUGAAAGCAAAGUUUAUAAGUUCGGAUAUGAACAUAUACGCUUCACUUAUAGUUGUUCACAGUAAUAACUUAAAAGUGGAAACCGCUUUGGAGUUUUUUAAUUUGAUGACGGUAGAAGGGUUUGAACCUAAUAUCCAAUCGUAUAAAGCAAUUAUUUGUGGUUUAUGCAAAAACGGGCAAGUGAGUAAAGCUCGUGAGUUAUUUGAGAAGAUGCUGGAUCAACGAUGGGAUGCAGAUGAGAUUGUUUGGACGGUCUUGAUUGAUGGGGUUCUUAAGGAGGCUGAUGUGGAUACGUGCGUGCAGUUUAUUCAAAUAAUGGGAUCGAAGAAUAUUAAUCCUAGUUUUCAGACAUAUGUAAUGUUGGCAAAAGAUAUUUCAGCAGCAGCCAAUGAGAGUUGUGAUAUUCAUGAGGUUGUUGAUAAAUUGAAGCAAUACAGAAGUAAGUCAACCGGUUAAGGUUUCUCUAUAUGAAAAGUUGUAUAUAAAUAUGAGCUGGCACCUGUUUCCAGCUAUGCAAACUCUUGGCGAUGAGCCGAAGAUAACCGGUUUAUAAAGAAGUUUCUGGAUGAAGCACACCAACGAGUUUUGGAAAGAUGUGAUAGAACAUGAUCGUUUUCAGGAUUCAGAGAUUCGACAAAAGGUUUACUUGUAGAAUGGAGAGAACUUGGUGUUGGAUUUAUUUCUACUGAUAAGCUUGCUCUCAGGUUCCAAUUUUGUAGCAAGAUGAAGUGUUUCUUGCCAUCUACGAAUGUGAGGCAAGUUUAUCGGUUUUUUGCUUUAGUAGAUACAUUCUUUAAACCGUUAGAAGCCAUAGUAGAAUGAGGUUUUCUUUACUGAUAGUUUUACAUUAGAUUUUUCUUUGUUAUUAAAAGCUCAAGCAUGUUCAAAUAGAUCGAGUAAUAGCUUACAACUACAAUUUUUUUAUCUUCUGCUGCUUCACAUAUGUUGUGAAGCUGUUUUGACUUUUAAGGUCAACCAUUUUUUCUUCCAGAAGAUGAUUUUGGUUGCGAAUUUGCGCCGAAGUUAUUUGUACUUGUUAGAAACUGUUUGUUAUGUACCAAAUAUAUGAAUAAUUUGCAACAAAGUGAUCCAUGGCUAUUGUUGGAUUUGUUUU